AUGGGAGAAUCGAAUGAAUCUCAAAAAUUGAUAUCAGAAUUAGCUCUGCUUCAACACUCUGAUUCAAAAUUUGUUAUACAAAUUGAUCCAACCACUACUGAAUCUAACCACUCAUCACCUAGUGACCAAAUCCAGAUUCAACAUCCAAAAGAUGAGUGGCUUCCUCUAACUGAAUCUAGAAAUGGUAAUACAUAUUUUGCAGUUUUUCAUAUUCUUAAUUCCAACAUUGCAUUUCAAGCUCUCAUGCUUCAUGUUGCCUUUGCCACUCUUGGUUGGGCAUGGGGCAGUGUGUGUUUGUCAAUAGCAUUCAUUUGGCAAUUCUAUACCAUAUUUCUCCUAACUGAACUUCAUGAAUCUGUCUCUGGAAUUCGCCACAGUAGAUACCUCUUCCUAGCAAUGUCUGCUUUUGGUUCAACAUUAGGGAAAAUAGCAGUAUUAUUUCCGGUAAUGUACCUAUCAGGAGGUACAUGCGUAAUGUUUAUAAUUACCGGUGGUGGGACCAUGAAGAUGUUAUUCAAGAUUCUUUGUGAAAAUGAUAAUGGGGAGAUGUGUGGGGCACACGCGCCAAGCGGGGUGGUGUGGUUCUUAGUAUUUACAUGUUUGGCCAUUCUCAUUGCUCAACUUCCGAACCUCAACUCAGUGGCAGCUGUUUCUUUGGUGGGUGUUGUAACUGCAAUUAGUUACUGCACACUCUUUUGGUCACUUUCUCUUAAGGGUAGACCAAUCGGAGUGUCUUACACUACAUUGAUGUCACAACAAGAAUCAACCGUCGUGAAGAUCAGUGAUGUUAUCAAUGCUAUUGGGAUUAUUGUGCUUUCCUUCAGAGGUCACAAUGUUGUGCUAGAAAUACAGGGGACACUACCUUCCAAUUUAAAGGAAACAUCAAAAGAAUUGAUGCGUAGAGGAGUGACCAUUUCAUAUAUACUCAUUGCGAUGUGUGUUUUUCCCCUCGCAAUUGUCGGAUUUUGGGCAUAUCGAAAUCAGAUACAUGGUCGAGGAUUGUUAUUUGGGUUCCAACAAUUUCACAAAAAUCAAUUAUCAAAAUUCUCAGUGGGUGCAAUAUAUGUUCUAGUGAUAGUACAUUGUUUGUGUAGCUUCCAAGUGUAUGCCAUGCCCGUUUUUGACAACCUAGAACUAAGAUACACGAGCAUAAAGAAUAAGAAAUGCCCACAAUGGGUGAGAAUAUGCUUUCGAUUAUUCUUUGGAGGGUUAGCAUUUUUUGUAGCGGUUGCGCUCCCUUUCUUGCCAAGCCUAGCUGCUCUACUUGGUGGAAUCACACUUGUGCCCGUAACAUAUGCAUACCCUUGUUUCAUGUGGCUAGCUAUUAAGAAACCUCGUACAAAGGGUAUAAUUUGGUGCUUCAACCUUGUACUUGGUUCAUUAGGGAUGCUUCUUGGUGUUUUUAUGGUGGCAGCUGCUAUAAGGACUUUAGCUGACAAAGGUUUAAAAGCCAACUUCUUCAAACCAUGA